GUAUUUCAAUUCGUAUUUGACCUUGGAGGCAGGAUAAUUUUUAUUUACCCUACGGAUUGUUGGCCUCUUGGCCACAAACAAAUAAAAAUUGAAAAAGAGAAUCAGUGUUGUUAGGGAUACUGUUGGGGCAUUCAUUUCAGCGGAUACAUUUUUGGUAUCCAUGCUUGAUGGUUUUGCAGUAACCUGAAUGGGUGCUGGUUAUACCCUAACAAAAUGAAUGCCCGCACACAAGUCUUUGAAUUUUCAUGCGAGGCAUGCAUGGUGAGUGACAUCGUGGGCAGCGUGUUCAGCACAGUGCUGUUCCACCGGACGCUGGGCAAGUUCAGCUGCCACAAGCACAACCUGUACUCGCUCGGCUCAGUCGGCUUCCAGGAUGUUGACCUGCCUGUUCUGGAGGUCACCCAUGUGCGCUGCUCCUCACCGAGCAUGCAGCGCGUGCUGGAGCAGGAGGUGUCCCAGUUCAGCAGCAUGAUGGCGGCCGCCGAGCGGCCCCACCAGGGCCAGAUCUCGCUCGAGUUCUACCAGAAGAAGAAGGCCAAGUGGCCGUUCGCCACCGAGUGCAUGCCAUGGGAGGUGUGGACGCUGCGCAUGGAGACGGUCGAUCUGGAGAACGAAAGAGAGCGGAAGGUGUUCCGGGAGAAGGUGGUGGACGUACUGACGGAGAAGCUGCGCCACGUGGUGCAGGCCAUGAACCGGCAGCAGUACCUGCCGCACACGCCGCCGCAGGCCGAGCUCGACCUCGUCUUCGAUACCUCCUUCCCGGACGUACAGCCCUACCUCUUCAAGGUUGACUACCAGACGAGCGGCGUCACCAACCCCUCGGUGGGCACCGCCGUCAAGAAGCUGCUCAAGGACACACUGGCCAUGUGACCCGACGGCCGCCUAGGAACCGAUCCACAGACAGACGGACGGGCCAUAACGGCGACCGUGCUUAGGUCGGACCGGGCCGGCGCAGACAGAGGCCGCGAUGGGCCGCUACAGAGCGGAUACUGCCGACAGAAACACACCGAGAAAGAGACCGAGGGGUUCAGGAGCUGAUCUCCGCGGCGAGGACCGCUCGCAGCUUUAGCGGCCGGCCGGUAAUGGACUGCCGGCCGCCGCACGCCCCCGCCCCACGAGUAUUUAUUCGGUACCACUAGAGACGGGUGCCACUGCAACUCGCCGCGUGCCGGCAACGACAGAGUAUGUGUGCGAGUGCAUAGGCUUUGCAAUACAUUUUUAUUUAUACU